GGCUCUGGCGGAGCGGGGAGAGCGCGCUGCGGGGGAUUAUGGCGCCGCUGCGGGACUGUAAGGCCUGGCAGGAUGCUGGACUUGCCUUGUCCACGACUAGCAAUGAAGCCUGUAAGCUAUUUGAUGCUGUGCUGACACAGUAUGCAACCUGGACCAAUAAUGAUAGCCUUGGAGGUAUUGAGGGAUGUAUCUCCAAGUUAAAAGCAGCAGAUCCAAACUUUACAAUGGGACAUGUCAUUGCCAAUGGUUUGGAGCUGAUUGGCACUGGGAGUUCAGUGCGGCUCAACAAGGAGCUGGAUAGUGCCAUGAAAACAAUGAUGAUGCUGUCAAAGUCACAGCCCCUGACCGAGCGAGAGAAGCUUCACGUAUCAGCGUUGGACAUGUUUGCCAGAGGACAGCUUCCAAAAGCUUGUGAUCUAUGGGAAGAGAUUCUGCAGAGCCACCCAACUGACCUGCUAGCCCUCAAAUUUUCCCAUGACACUUACUUCUACUUGGGAUACCAGAUACAGAUGCGAGAUUCUGUUGCCCGUGUUUAUCCUUUCUGGACACCUGAUAUUCCACUGAGCAGCUACGUGAAGGGCUACUACUCUUUUGGACUCAUGGAAACAAACCUUUUUGAUCGUGCUGAGGAGAUUGCCCAUGAGGCUUUGGCUAUAAACCAGAAAGAUGCGUGGUCUGUUCACACUAUAGCUCACAUACAUGAAAUGAAAGCAGAAGUGAAGAAAGGCAUAGAUUUUAUGAAGGAAACAGAGGCCAACUGGAAGAGCAGUGAUAUGCUUGCUUGCCAUAAUUACUGGCACUGGGCUUUAUACUUUAUUGAAAAGGGUGAUUAUGAGGCUGCUUUGACAAUUUAUGACAAUCAUAUUGCUCCCCGUUGUCUGUCAAGUGGAAGCAUGCUGGAUGUAGUAGAUAAUUGUUCUAUGCUGUACAGGCUUCAUCUGGAAGGUGUGAAGCUUGGAGAAAGGUGGAACAAUGUUUUCAAGCUUACAAAGAAGCAUACCAAAGAUCACAUUCUCCUGUUCAAUGAUGUACACUUCCUGAUGUCCUCACUUGGAGCCAAAGACCACAGAACAACCAAUGACCUUUUAACCACUCUUCAGGAACUUGCCAAAGCACCUUGUGAAGACCAUGAGCUCUCCUUGGCUCCUAGUCUGGGGUUGCCUCUCUGCCAGGCUCUUGUGGAGUUUGACAAUGGGAAUUGUGACAAGGCUGUAGAUCUGCUGUACCCAAUCCGUUACCAACUAAUCCAACUAGGAGGCAGCAAUGCUCAGAGAGAUGUGUUCAGCCUGUUACUGAUUCAUGCUGCUUUAAAUUCUAAGUCUCCAGCUAAACAAAACCUUGCAAUGUGCCUCCUGAGAGAGCGUGAUGUGGUGAGACCAAAUUCACCCAUGACAGAGCGACUUAUUAGGAGGGCAACAUCUGUUCAUUCUGUGGCAUAAGGCUUUUCUCUCUGCUUCAGCUGAAAUAGCAAUAAGUUACCAAUCAAAGUCUGGGUGCAUGGAGUGAAGGGGUAAGGUAAGAAUACCCUGGGAGACAGUGAUCUGACAUUUGCCUUUAAAAAAACAUACAGCUGGUGAGUUUCGGGAGGUUCUGUUUUAGAGGAUUGCACAAGCAAAGAAGAAGAUAAUCUGCUGAUAAUGGACACUUUUCUGAAGCAUUCUGGGACAUUGCUGUUCUGCUAUAUUUUCCUGGAAGUUCCUUCUGACCCUCUUAGAGGGUUAGAAUUUCUCAUUGGCCUAAUCAGUUACUUUGUUGAUAUGUUAAAUCAUGCUUUGGUAAUUCAGGUGGACCUUUGAAACACAGCUAACAGGCACAUAAGGGGUAAAAGCCAAUACAGCCAUAAACUCAAUUCCUUCUCCAGAACGUGUCACAGACUUUGCAGGUGCAGAUUGUCUGCAUUCAAGAUCUCUUUUCAGGUGCAUAUUUUUAACUGCCCCUCAUAAAAGGUUAAACUUUUCCCUCUCAAUAUAGCACCUCGGAGCUUUUUGAAAUUGCUAUGUGAGUGAAACUAGGCAAGAGGGAUAAUAGCUGACUGGUUAUUCUAACAUGGGUACUCCCUUGGCACUUUGAAGUCUUCCAGAAAACAAGGAAAAGCCUGCAUUUCAGCUCCAGAAGUAACAUCUCUGAUACUUUGGAUGAUUGCUUACCUGAGCUUGGGGAAAGUCAGGCUUUGCUGCCAUCUCAGUGUCCCUACAUGUUAGCAGAGUAGAGUUUAAAGCCAAUGUUAAACACUUCAUAAUGGAGCAGACAAAAGCUGGAAGGGAGCAUCUCCCAUUGGAAGAGAGCUAAGAGCAUUUGGCACAAAGGUUUGUCCCUGCACAAGUGAUGUAAAAAGCUUUGGUGCUUCAAAUCUGGUAUCGCAUGCACCAUGUCACCUCUAUGAAGUUCUGCUGCCUCUGGACUUUCAUACCUGGCCCUGCACUGCCCCUGGUGUUCCUGCGUAGAGGAAUAAGACUUGGAAGUGCCUUGCUGCUAUCCUUCUCGCCUCAGCCCUCACUUGAGCUAAAAAGAGCUUAUUUUUGAAUCAGUGAUAAUUUGGGGAACCACAGAAGAGUAUUGCAUCCUUGAGUGCAGCCUCUGGAAUCCUGCAGUCACAGUUCCCUGUUCUUCAUCACUGCUUUAUUGCAUCGAGUGCAGCCUCUGGAAUCCUGCAGUCACAGUUCCCUGUUCUUCAUCACUGCUUUAUUGCAUCCUCGAGUGCAGCCUUUGGAAUCUUGCAGUCGUGGUUCUCUGUUCUUCAUCACUGCUUUAUUGCAUCCUCGAGUGCAGCCUCUGGAAUCCUGCAGUCGUGGUUCUCUGUUCUUCAUCACUGCUUUAUUGCAUCCUCGAGUGCAGCCUCUGGAAUCCUGCAGUCGUGGUUCUCUGUUCUUCAUUACUGCUUGAUUGCAUCCUCGAGUGCAGCCUCUGGAAUCCUGCAGUCGUGGUUCUCUGUUCUUCAUCAUUGCUUUAUUGCAUCCUCAAGUGCAGCCUCUGGAAUCCUGCAGUCGUGGUUCUCUGUUCUUCAUCACUGCUUUAUUGCAUCCUCGAGUGCAGCCUCUGGAAUCCUGCAGUCGUGGUUCUCUGUUCUUCAUCACUGCUUUAUUGCAUCCUCGAGUGCAGCCCCUGGAAUCCUGCAGUCACAGUUCCCUGUUCUUCAUCACUGCUUUAUUGCAUCGAGUGCAGCCUCUGGAAUCCUGCAGUCACAGUUCCCUGUUCUUCAUCACUGCUUUAUUGCAUCCUCGAGUGCAGCCUUUGGAAUCUUGCAGUCGUGGUUCUCUGUUCUUCAUCAUUGCUUUAUUGCAUCCUCGAGUGCAGCCUCUGGAAUCCUGCAGUCGUGGUUCUCUGUUCUUCAUUACUGCUUGAUUGCAUCCUCGAGUGCAGCCUCUGGAAUCCUGCAGUCGUGGUUCUCUGUUCUUCAUUACUGCUUGAUUGCAUCCUCGAGUGCAGCCUCUGGAAUCCUGCAGUCAUGGUUCUCUGUUCUUCAUUACUGCUUGAUUGCAUCCUCGAGUGCAGCCUCUGGAAUCCUGCAGUCGUGGUUCUCUGUUCUUCAUCACUGCUUUAUUGCAUCCUCGAGUGCAGCCUCUGGAAUCCUGCAGUCGUGGUUCUCUGUUCUUCAUCACUGCUUUAUUGCAUCCUCGAGUGCAGCCUUUGGAAUCCUGCAGUCGUGGUUCCCUGUUCUUCAUUACUGCUUUAUUGCAUCCUCGAGUGCAGCCUCUGGAAUCCUGCAGUUGUGGUUCCCUGUUCCUAAGCACUGCUUUAUCUGUCUAGCCAUGGCUGGGGUCAGCUCACCCUGUGCUAAACUCCUACUAGAUUUCUAAUAUUAUUUUUUUAAUCAGUGAAUUUCAAACAAUGCCUUUAGUCAGAAUCCUUUUUAUUCAAGGAGCAGAACAAAUCUUUUAUGGGAGCAAAAGCCUGAGAAGUUGACUGGCUGUUUAUGAAGUGUGGAGCUGGGGUGAUUCACAGCUACAUAAAAUGAGGAAUGACAUUUAUGAUGCUUCUCAUAGUCCGUGAGAACUUUGCUUUACACCAAUAAACUCAGCACUGUGCUCAGCUGAGCAGCAAGUGUAUGACUGCUUUGCAUAUAUGGA